UCAAAGCAGAAUCCUCCCUCAUCUUCUCUUUUACUUUUUUAUUUAAUUUAUUACUUUAUUGUUGAGAUACUCUUCAACCGACGAUGAUGAUGUUCUUAGCUGAUGUGAGGCUCAUAUAUUAAUGGCGACUGGAUAAUUGGCUACUCCAGGCGUUUCUUUGGAGUUUGAACUUAAAGCAUUGGUCUAUGAACUUGAUUUGAUUUCUCGGACCUUGCAGGACACAUGAUUAUAUUAAUGAGUGAAGCAAAAGAAAAAGAUGGGCUUCUUCUGUCAUUCACUUACCAAGAUUUGCUGAUUCAUCCUUUUCAGAUAGCGACAAUCUUCGUUUCCCACUCUUGGAUUCUUGUUUCUUGUGUUAUUUAUCUUUCUUGUACAACGAAACACUGCUAUGGCUUCUGUGUCUAAAAUCGUCGAGCAAGAGGUUGUAGCAUCACCAAGAAGCAAGCUUUCAAUAACAAGGGAAAGCAGUCUAGCUUCUGUCGCCUCAUUGUCCAUGCCCCUUAUUCAGGAGAUUGUUUUAUCAGCAGACAUCAAAUGCAGUGACUGCCAAGAGAAGAUCGCUGACAUAAUGUCGAGGAUGAUAGAAACAUAUUCAAUAUUGGUGAGCGUGUUGGAGAAGAAAGUGACACUGACAUGUACAUAUUCCGGUGACCGGAGAGUCUCCAAAUCAUACGGCGAAGCUCUUCUCUGUAAAAUGUCCACCUUCAAGCGUAGGAUGCUUCAUUCUUCUAGGAAACAACUCAAUGCUGAGUAGUUUUAUUGUCAUCCUCUUUGCAAUAAACCGUCGGAAAGUUUUUAAUCUUUAAUGUAUGAAUGUGAUGGAUAAUGUUUA